UUCCUCCUAUUUGAUAUUCCAAAAACAUGACUUUAUAUUAUUAUAAGCUUAGGCCAUUGCUAGCAUUUGAGAUAAUAUUAUUGAUUCCUCUUAUUUAUAAAACAAACACCAUAUUUUGUGCACCAUCAAUCAACAAAGAAGAAAUAACACAAGAGAAAAAAUUGGAUUACUUGAAUAAUACGGGCAGUAUUAUAACACCAUCACCAAGUCCUUUUAAUGAAAAUGAAGAUGAAGGAAUUGGAGAAAAUGUGCUCAUUAAGCAUGUUUCUUUCUUUGAUAGGAACAAGGAUGGUGUUAUUUAUCCAUGGGAGACCUUCCAAGGAUUUCGUGCAAUUGGAUGCGACAUUAUGAAAUCUACCGUCGCCGGCUUAGUCACCAACAUGGCCCUCACUCGUGAAACUCGUCCGGGAAAGUUUCCUUCAUUGUUAAUCCCCAUAGAAAUAAAGAACAUAGCGAAAGCUAAACAUGGGAGUGAUACUGGUGUUUAUGAUACACAAGGAAGGUUUGUACCAUCAAAGUUUGAAAAUAUAUUUAUAAAGCAUGCGCACACACAUGCAAAUGCUCUUACCGCCGAAGAAGUUGACGAAAUGCUGAAGGAAAAUAGAGAACCAAAGGACUAUAAUGGAUGGUAUUCUGCCUACAUGGAAUGGAAGAUCUUUUUUGAACUUUGCAAAGACAAGAAUGGGUUGUUGCAAAGAGAUACAAUUCGAGCACUAUAUGAUGGAAGCUUAUUUGAGAGGCUCGAAAGAGAAACACAAUCUAAGAAACACAAUCAAGAAUAA